AAUUGGUAUCGCGCCUGGAGAUGCUGCGGCCGGCGAGUCUCUGGCACUUUUGUCGGCGAUCUAGGUCUGCGAGGGUCCCAGCGGAGAACCUGGGCCGUAGGGAAGUCACCUCUGGUGUCUCUCCCCGGGGCGGCACAUCGUCCAGAGUCCUGAAUAUCUUCGAUCGAGAUUUGAAAAGGAAACAGAAGAACUGGGCGGCCCAGCAGCCCGAGCCGACGAAGUUUGACUACCUGAGGGAGGAGGUUGGAAGUCGAAUUGCGGACCGUGUAUAUGACAUACCCAGAGAUUUCCCCCUUGCCUUGGAUCUUGGUUGUGGAAGAGGUUACAUUGCACAAUAUUUGAAUAAGGUAUAUUUAUUCAAUGACUUAAUUUGCUUUGAAAAGUAAAAUUGGUUAAUUUUAAAGAAAG